CCGAGGUCUCGGGGACGUUUCACAGCUCACGCCCGCCCAGAAGCCUUCAGACGACGGUGCUCCUACGCAACUCGCUCUCAGGAUCAUGAACUCAUUGGUGGUUGCAGCGUUUGUAAUGUGCGGCCUCGUGGCCACAGCUCACUGCGGCGGCUUCGGUGGGGGCCACAGCGUGAUUGUUGUCAAGGGAAUCCAGACCGGAGGUGGUGGUGGCGCAGGAUUCGGCCAUGGAAGCGCAGCGUCGGCCACUACCGCGGGAUCCUCACAGCCCCAGGUUGUUCAAGGACCAACUUAUGUCGUCAAGACGCUGCACCAGGUUAAGAAGAUUUCUCACGGGGGAGCUGUCGUCGGAGGUGGUUCGACCGGAGGUUAUUCUGGCGGAUACGGUGGCGGCUUCGGACAUGGCGGUGGAUACUCCCACGGCUUCAGUGGCGGCUUAUCUGGCGGCUACGGCAGCUUCGGAAAGGGCUAUGGUGGUCUUGGUCACGGCGGGUGGUGGUGAUUACCAGUCAACCAUGCCAUGUAGAAGCUAAUACAACAUCAUCGUCCACACAACAGCAUCAUAGCGAUAGUGAUCGACUGGGAAUAUGUAUUCUGCGAACGAUGUAAAUAAACGUCAACACACCCUG